AUGUACUUGUCCAUCCCCAAUUCCAAGAUCAAUGAAGCGUCUGAUAGCUAUAGAUCCAGAAGACAACAGCAGAUGUUGUUGUUCUUAAUAUGUGCAAGUACUACCAUAUUAACUUCAAGGUCGGCUUAUAGAUCAACUGUAUCCAGACAAUUUAUUCCAAGAUUUUUUCAAGGUAAUCAUUCACCUCCAACAAGUUAUAAUUUCACUGCUGAUGCUGCUGUAGCUGUGGGGACUGGUACUUUACUUGCUGGUUCUGUAAGUGGUAUGUUGAUCACAGGAACUUGUUGGAUUUUAGAUAUUUCAUCAUUUAAAGAAUUUGGAUGGAAAAUGAAAAGUUUGAUGGGUGGUAAUAAUGUUAAGGAAAUUAUUGUGGACCAAGAGAGUUUGGAAAUCCAACAAGGAUUAAAUAAUUUGUUACAAGGAAAAAUAGAUUUGGAUUAG